CGUGUUUUGGCGCGAGGCCGCCGCAGCGGAAGGGCAACCGAGCCGGUGAACAGCAACGUUGGAGAAAGCAACACGCUCGGCCAGCGCUGCUGCUCCCUUUACCUGCCUUCAUGAUGCCGCGGCAUGGCAGAACACAUUUCCACACGUCCAGAUAGCUCGUGCUUUGCGGGACAUCAGUCAUGGCGACAGAAACGACGCCUUCCUCUUCGCUCUCGAGAUACCGCCCGGUAGUCCUGGCCCUUACGGGCUUUGCAGCUUUGUACGGGGCGUAUGUUGUAUACAACAACUUCAAAAGCUCUCCUCCGCCAGCUACGCCUCAUCGCAGCAACGCCGUUCAUCGACCCCGCAGGCCCCAACGCCUUUCACGUCUUAGAGAGAACCAGACAGCCGAGACAGACAUCGAUCAAACUCCUGAGACCCCAAAUUUCAAUCCGGCCGAGACGUAUGGGAGGUUCGCCAUUGUCAAUGGAAGAGGCCAGACGGUUCAUAUUGAGCUGCGGCCCACUGCCCUUCCAACAUUGCAGACCUUGCAGGAAGAGCAUGGCCUACCCGAAGCACAAGCGCGGGCGACUUUGAAUUCUCUCCGCCACGAAUUUGUCGUACGGUUCAUGAUCAUGCAGUUCCAAAACAGAGGAGCGCGUUCUACAUGGGAACAGGAAAUGCUUGCGGCAACACGCUGGUUGCAGCAGCUUGGCUUUCCUCAUGACGAGGUUCGUCAAGGCUUAGCACAAAUGGUUGAAACAGUCGAAAGAGAAGCUGCAGAACGAGGUCUCCUCCCAGAUGAUGCCGACACCAUUGCCGGUACAGAUGUUGGAGUACGAUUUGGACGUGGCCAAGCCGGCCUUUACCUCAAGCAAUUGUUGUAUCACAUUGCCGAGAACCAAGCCCGGCAAGAUGGCUACCUGCAUCGCGGGUUUCAGUGCGACUCCUGCGGUACCUCGCCGAUUCGAGGAAUCAGGUGGAAAUGUGCAAACUGCGUGGAUCUUGACCUGUGCAAUGAUUGCCAUGCGACUUGUAUGCACAGCCGCAACCACAUCUUCUACGAAAUAAAAAUACCGACGUACGCCAUGAACAAUCUGCAUGCCGUUCAAGAACCUAGCUAUCCCGGACGUCUUGACAUGUCUAAGAUUCCGCCUUUGCCUGCAGACAUAUGCAAGAGCUUGGUCGACAAGGUGGACUUCGAAAAAUCCGAGAUUGAGGGUCUAUACGAUCAGUUCACAUGCCUCGCUAGUUGUCCACGCCCCGGCGAUGUUCUGCUAUUUGCUAUAGACAGACUGUCCUUCCAGCGGGCAAUCUCUCCGAUCAGCUCGACAAGUCCGCUUCGUCCAAAUCUAAUUUUCGACCGCAUGUUUGCACUGUUCGAUGCUGAUCACGAUGGUCUCAUCAGCUUCGAAGAUUUCGUGCUUGGAGUUGCAUUUCUCAGAAGCAAAAUAGGUGGCAAGAGUAGGAGGAAAAAGAUCUUCGAUGCAUAUGACUUAGACGGCGACGGCUAUGUCACAAGGAGAGAUUUCUUGCGCAUAUUCAAAGCUCUGUUCACAAUUCAGGAAGAAGUUACACUGGAUCUGCUUGCUCCUAACGAAGCAGUCAACGGAUUGAGAGACGCCACCACUUUUGCGAGCUCCAGUCGAGUGAUUAGUGCAGCCUUUACGCAGGCUCCCCGCUCAGUCCCAGAACCAAGAGCGCCACUUAACAAGCCUGCGAAUUCGUUCGGCGAUAGACGAAACCAACCAGACCAGGCAGUGGUUAAUGAAGACGCGAUCCUGGAUGUAUCUCGUGCCGAGAUUGUAGGCAAUGCUUGGGAAUCUCAGGCCCAAUUUCCCUUCGAUCAUAGAAUUGGAGAGCCAUUGUCUCUUCGUGACUUCGUUUACCUCCAACCCAGAGACUCUCACAAUCAAGCUCCUACACAUCUUGCUCGUGAGCAACGAGUACGCUUCGCUUAUGGCGGAUCUUCUAUCGCAGACGCAAGGCGUGCAGCGUGGGCGGAAAGAACGCAGCGGUCUACUGUUUACGAUAGCGAGGACUCGUAUAGCCAGACACAAGUCACCGCAGAAGUAGACGGUUACCAAAUCCCAAAUCACUCACAAGAUAUAGGCCGAGAGAUUGCGUACCAGGUCAUGGAAGAGAGCUUAAAUGAGCUUCUAGACCCUCUUUUCAAGGAAAGAGAGGAUUUUCACUACGACGCUCAGGCCGCGAGACCAGAAAUCAGGCGCUGGCAACAGGAAAUUGAGGCUUACAAAGAUAGGGUCCGCAAAGAGAAAGAGAGUGCAGCAGCAUAUAGAGCAAGUUGUCGCCGCGCCAAUGCAGGUGCAGCUGCUGAAUCUGCCACCAAGAAUGCACUUAAGCAAUCUGUGUCGGACGAAAACAUAAAUGGACACCAGCCAAGAUCAGACGCAGAAGAGUCCCGUCGAGAGCUGACGACUAUGGCCGAUGCUGUAGUAUCCAUCGAGGAACAAGUGCAAGCGCAGGCAUUAAGUGAAUUGCUCAGCAGCCAAGGCUUUGAGGUUCGAGAAGACCUCUCAGGCGACGAAGACCCCAUAGGAAUGCACCUCGAUAUCUCCACCCAACCUACCGACUCUGGUGAACAACCCAUGCGUAUGGAGAUUAUGGUGACAAAUCCGCCUUCAUCUCUCGCGCCGGUCGUAGAGGAAGAACGACGCUUUGAUCCGACAAUGCCACAAUUCAUGCCCAACUCCGAACGUGACAUCCUCGACAGUCGGCCGAGAGAUGUUACUGUUGAUCCCCUAGUUCCUCCAGAUAACCAAACAAACGAGGCCAGUCAGCGGCUCAAAAAUGAGGCUGAAAUAAUCCGUCAGUUCGAAUACAUGUUUCUAGGUUGGGAACGCGACCGCACUACAGGUAAGGUGGUCAAUAGCGCCACCAAAGCUAGCGCCAAACGGGAAGCCAGAGAACGGCAAGCAAAGAGUCAAGAACCACCCAGUGCAGAAAGGCUUGCGAAACUUGCAGAAUACCAGGAAUACUUGUCCGAAGCUCGCGAACAUCCCGGAAUCAACUUCUCGGAAUUCGAUGCAUUUAUGACGUCGACGAUGGGGAGUGACUUCAGGUUCAUAGAAGGGUGGGUGGAAGUCUGUUACUUUUGAGUGAUGAGCAUCAAAUUCGGAGAGGCAAGAAUCCACAAAGAUUUAGUUACUGUAAUGACGAUGCAAAAAGUUAAUACGUUAUGGCUUUGUGUUCAACUUCAGGUUAUUGGCCUCGAACAGGCGUCAACUAGAGUAUCUUCUCAACACCCAUAACCGUGGAGAAAGUGCUAGUGGCCUGCGGCAACAUUUUGCUUCUUCGAAGUUUCAAAACAUGUUGUACAGGCUGCGCUUAUGAUUGGAAGCCAGGAAUUCCUUCCGGCAACUUCACUUCUCGUACGAGAAAUCCUCGUCGCUUUAUGGGCUAAUGAUACCCCACAUAAUCAAAUUUGUAUCAGAGCCAGCUUUUGCUCAUGCUGUUAGUACGAUCGCCGUGUGAGCCCCCUCACCCC